CUCAAAGCAGCUCCAAGAGGCGGCGGCAGCAGCGGCAAGAAGCAACUCGGCCCCCCCCCCCCCUCAACAAACAAAAACCACAUCACACACAACCCCCCUUUUUUUGAACAACUUUCCAAAAGGUUGGCGGCGCCGCCCCUAACAACGAAGAAAGUCUCAACUAUUUUUUUUGUUAAAUAACUUUAACAAAAAAAUCGAUCCUAUUUUAUAAAUUCGCCUCAGCCGCGCCCGUGGUGCGGGACCCCCUCACGGCGAGCACAACAAUGGCAGAUUCCGACGUGAGCGGCGUCGAGGAGCCCGUGGUGGAACUCUUCGUGAAGGCCGGCAGUGACGGGGAGAGCAUUGGGAAUUGCCCCUUCUCCCAGCGCCUCUUCAUGAUCCUCUGGCUCAAGGGCGUCACCUUCAACGUGACCACGGUGGACCUCAAGAGGAAACCGGCGAACUUGGCGAACCUGGCGCCUGGAACUCAGCCUCCGUUCCUCACCUACAACGGGGACGUGAAGACCGACACCAACAAGAUCGAGGAGUUCCUGGAGGCCACGCUCAGCCCGCCCAAGUUCCCCAAGCUCGCGGCUAAGAACCCGGAGUCGAACACAGCUGGCAACGACAUCUUCUCCAAGUUCUCGGCCUACGUGAAGAACACGAGCCCGGCCAGCAACGACGCGCUGGAGAUGGCGCUGCUGAAGUCGCUGAAGAAGCUGGACGACUUCAUGAACACGCCGCUGCCCGACGAGGUGGACCAGAACGACGACGACGACGACCUGGGGCAGUCCCAGCGCAAGUUCCUCGACGGGGACGACUUCACGCUGGCCGACUGCAACCUGCUGCCCAAGCUGCACAUCGUCAAGGUCGUGUGCAAGAAGUACCGCGGCUUCUCGAUCCCGCGGGAGCUCACAGGCUACUGGCGAUACCUGGACAGCGCGUACGCCCGCGAAGAGUUUGCCAACACCUGUCCUGCCGACAAGGAGAUCGAAAUUGCCUACAUGGCGGUCGCCCGACCUCUCAAAUGAGCAUCUCUCUCUCGUCUCUGUCUCUCUCCUCUCUCUCUGUUUCUCUCUCUCUGUUUCUCUCCCCUCUCUCUGCCCUCGCUCUCUGUCUCUCCUCUCUUUCUCUUCCUGACGCGCGCUCACGCUCACGCUAGGGAUGUUGUUGUUAUUACGGUCGUCUAGUCGGCGAGACGUUAACUCCUCCGCCUGGUAUGUAGUAGGAUGUCGUGGGUUCGAUCCUGACCCUGGCACCU